UAAAGUAGAACUGAUUAGUUUCUGGCACCAUUCAGCCAUCAUGCUCUCAUAUCUGUUGCUCCUUUCAGUCAUAUUGUCUGGACAGGCUCAGAAAAUUCUAGGUAAACAGGACAAGGAUGCUUGUAUUUGUGAAUUAAGCAGCUCUAUCUGGGCUUUCCCUGCCAAACGGUUUGAGGAAAUCGAAAAACAGGUCAAGAUCUGCGAUGACAACCUGAAAGACUUCAAGACGAAGAUAAAAAACAACAUUGUAGAGCUGCCAAAGAUGGAAGCGACCCUUAAGAACAUAGUUAAACGUUUGAAACCCUUUGAGUAUCUCAACACCAAUGGCCUGUACAACGCUCUUCACCUGCAAGAGCUGAGCCAGGAAAUCGAAACGAUCCAUCAGACCGCCAGCGAAGCACACCAGAAAAACCCCAGCAGAGAGACCCAUAAACUUCUGAAUGAGUUGGCUAAAGCAAGGAACGACAUUAAGAGUAUGAAUGAGGACAAUUUCUUCAAUCUCGAGGCGAUGAAAACACGCUUACGUGAUCUCAACAACAGAGCGCAAACCUGCAAAACCAUCCCAGAUGAUUUUAGAAGUUCUUGUCAUCAGCGUAUCAUGACCAACAUAAGCUCUCCAAGCACCACAAAGCUCAAUUCCCAAAGUUACUCAUAUGUCUCUGGCGCUUGGGGGCGAGAUGCUAAAUUAAACAGCAAGCAGCUCUACUGGGAGCAUUGUCUAGUCAGUGGACACAAACAUGGCAAAACAAUCAGAAUUUACAAAUUGUAUGAAGAUUUCAUGGGCAACAAAAACUACAAAGACGAACCUAUUACAUCAUCUUACAGUGACAAAAACACGGUCCAGGGCUCUGGCACUAUACUGUACGACAACACUGUGUUUUACCAAUGCUACAGCAAAGCUGAGAUUUGCAGCUUCAAUAUUACAACAAAGACGACCAAGCGUAUUAAUCUUGAUGGUGCCGGCAUCGACAACAAGUUUCCGUUCUGCUACUACAGCUGUCGUGAUUGGACAGACAUCGAUCUGGAAGCGGAUCAAGAUGCUGUGUGGGUGAUAUACGCCACGGAGGAGAACCGCGGCAACAUUGUGUUGAGUCGCCUGGACCCGGUGGAGCUCAACAUCACACAUACCUGGAAGACACAUCUGUUUAAGAGGUCUGUCACGAGCACUUUUAUGGUGUGCGGGGUCUUGUAUGCCACACGCUAUGUUAAUACUUACCAAGAGGAGGUAUUUUAUGCCUUUGACACAGUCACUGGUCAGGAGCUCAACACUCUUUCUGUGCCUUUUGAGAAAGUCGCAGCUGGAAUAGCCAACCUGAACUACAACCCUGUUGACCGUAAACUUUACAUGUAUAAUGAUGGAUAUCUUUUAGCAUUUGAUGUCUUCUUCUAAAACAUUGUCAGACAACUUUUUUAUUGUUUAAAGUUAAAUUGCAUAUCAUGGAUUUUUUUUGUAGGCUGACUGGAGUUUGAUUUGUAGUCUUUAAAACAGUACAGUUUUUAUUAUGAUGUGACUUUAAGCAUUCUUCAGGUGACAAAAUUAAUUGUUUGAUCAAUGAAUGAAAUAAAUGUGCUUUCUUGGUAUUUUAUUAUUUUAUGGAACCUGAAUAAAAACAUGGAUUGAAUGCA